GUCUGUGAAGUGGGAGGAGGGAAACAACUGAAGAAAGGACAGGCUGGAACUACAUGGGCUAAGGGGCAUUGGGUGGGGGGUAUGUAAAAAAAAUAAGGCUGAGAGAGGAAAGAUUUAGUGUAGAACAGAACCAGACAGGCAAAAGAGGAAGCGGCAGAAAGGGGAGGGAGCUAAGAAGGUUACCUCAUCUAGAGCUGCUUGUGCACACGGUGCCGGGGAGAAGUUGUGGGAAAGUAAACAGCACAGGAGAAUUCAAAUCUGUGUUCAACCACUCACAGCCCUCAAAGGAGACUGUAAAGAUGAGUGUGCUGUGGUAACAGCUGACUGUUUAUGGGAUGUUUUCAGGAUUAAAGGGUCACCAGGGAGUGCCUGAAGCCUCUUGGAGGACAUAGUCUACUGUUGCUGUCAAGAAGUAAUGUCGUCUACAGUAUCUCACCAACCACCAAAAGACGAUGACGAGGAGGAUAAUGAAGAGCAAGGGGAAGAGUUUAUGUUUGAUGACAGCACAGAUGAGGAAAAAGCUCAGGAAGACGUCUCCUCGGAACGUGUUACACCUGUCUGUGUGCCAAAACCUGACAACAACGAGGCAUCAGGUGCUGUAGCUGCAGACGGCACACAGCUUUUUAAACCUCCACCUCCUGCCGGACCGGAGAGCAUUGUGGCUUCAAGUCCCACCACUGAUGUUCCAGCCGCUGAGUCACCAAACGAGGUCUCAGCAGCACCAGCAGCAGCCGAGCCCGGUGCAUCAGAUCGUUGUCUGGGAGAGGAGCUUCCUGUGGUGCCGCUGUCUGAUUCAGGAGAUCGCAGCAAAGAAACCGUUCAGGGAAGCUCUGACUCGAGGGACAUCUCUGAAGAGGCAGGAGCACCAGAGGCUUCGUUAGAGGUGAUCUAUGAUGACGUUCCCAGCGAGGAACCUCUCUCCCCUGAUGAAGCAGACAUGAUCUAUGAAGAUGUCCAAAGAGAGAGUGGUCCUUUGGAGGCAAACAACGGGUGGAGCUCCAGUGAGUUUGAGAGCUACGAUGAGCAAUCUGAUAACGACGCCAAGCUGCCGGCAAGGAGCAAGCUCUCACCUGAAGUGCAUCGGCUGAGGGAGCGGUGUGCCAGGACCAAACGUGAACUGGCUAUGAGGCUGUCUGGAAAGCACAACUAUGACAUCAAGGUUCAGCAGCUCAUGAGGGCGGCAAGAACCGGAACGAAGGAUGGACUCGAGAGGACCAAAAUAGCCGUCAUGAGAAAAGUGUCAUUCCUGCAGAGAAAAGAUCAAAUGGAGAGUUCAGAAGUUUCUUCAUAUUUUAGAGAGGAGGAUGAUGAUGCUGGAUACCUGGAUGUGGCUGUGUCAGAAGUGAAGCAUCCUCCCCCGCAGCUGAGCCCCAUGCCAGAAGGGUUGACCAACCACCAGGUUGUCAGGCGCCAUAUCCUUGGCUCCAUCAUUCAGAGCGAGCGGAGCUACCUGGAAUCUCUCAGGAGGAUCUUGCAGGAGUACCACAGACCGUUGAUGGAGGCAGAGCCGCGCAUACUGAGUCCAAGGAAGAUCCGGCCCAUUUUCCACCGCAUCAGAGAGAUCACACAGUGUCACUCCAUGUUCCAGAUUGCGCUGGCUUCCCGUGUGGCAGAGUGGGACAGCAGUGAGAAAAUCGGGGACUUGUUUGUUGCCUCGUUUUCUAAGUCCAUGGUGCUGGAUGUGUACAGUGAUUAUGUGAACAACUUCACCAAUGCAAUGGCUCUCAUUAAAAAGGCAUGCAUGUCCAAACCGGCAUUCUUGGAAUUUCUAAAGAGGAAACAGGCCUCCAGUGUAGACCGGAUAACUCUGUACGGACUGAUGGUGAAGCCCAUUCAGCGAUUCCCCCAGUUCAUUCUCCUCUUGCAGGACAUGCUUAAGAAUACACCAAAGGGCCAUGUGGAUCGUCUUCCCCUGCAGCUCGCGCUGACAGAGCUGGAGACGCUGGCUGAGAAGCUGAAUGAACAGAAACGAGUAGCUGACCAGAUUGCAGAGACUCAACAACUCGCCCGCAGCAUCAGUGAUCGCCUGCUCAGUAAGCAACUGAACUCGGAGCAGAGGUCACUGGUCCUUUGUGAAACACUUAUUGAGACUGUGUAUGGCGAGCGGGGACAAGUCCUGAAGUCGAAGGAGAGGAAGGUCUUCCUUUUUGAUGAUGUGCUCAUCUGUGCCAACAUAAAUGUCAAAGGACCUCCGGAUAUUAGCAGCCUGGUUCCUGUUGGCCCCAAGUACACCAUGAAGUGGAGCGCCCCCCUUCAGCAUGUGCAAGUAGUAGAAGUUGGCCAGGAGAACUCUCAAAGCAAAGACACCUUGUUUCAGCAGAGUGGGACUAAGAGGCCAAGUGGGGUCUGCAAUUCAGGUAAAGCUCUCCUGGGCCCUCCACGGUUGUACCAGGAGCUGCAGGAACUUCAGCAUGACCUUUCAGUUGUGGAAGAGGUUACUCUGCUAGUGGGCACACUACAGGGGAUAUACCAGAACCUAAACACCACCGUGUCCCAGGACUGGUGUCUGGCUCUGCAGAGGCUUAUCCGCAUCAAAGAAGAACAAAUCCAGUGUGCUAACAAGUGUCGCUUACGCCUGCAGGUGCCUGGCAGGCCAGACAAGUCUGGCCGUCCAGUUAGUUUCAUGGUGGUCUUCAACACCCCCAACCCUCUUAGUAAGAUCUCCUGGGUCAACCGACUGCACUUGGCCAAGAUUGCACUAAGAGAGGAAAAUUCCCGAGGUUGGUUAUAUGGAGAAGAUGAAGGGAAAACAAUAGUACCAUUUUCCUGCCCACUGCUUGCCUGUCACAUGCCUGUCUUUGCUACAAAGUCACCAGAAAGAAAGCUUGAAACUGCUCUUCACAACCCUGUUAACUGUGCGUUGUUGGGCUUUUCUGCAGCGAGUACCUCUUUACCUCAAGGCUACCUCUGGGUGGCUGGUGCAGGCGAAGGUUUUCAGGGCCACAUAGAGAUUUUUUCCCUCAACAGGCCUACCCCCCGCGCUGUGAAGAGCCUACAGAUCAGUUCUGCAAUUCGAUGCUUGGAGUAUGUGCAGGCGCCUUCACCAACAGAGGAGGAAGAUGUGGGCAUUCACAAGGCUGCAGCAGGGGCCGGUACCAACAUUUGUGUUGGAUUAGAUGAUGGCCGCAUUCUGGUCUAUGGGAGCGCGGACACCGCAGCACAAUGCCUAUUGACCCUCCACAACCCAGAGGGCUGCCCUGUGCUGUGCCUGAAGCACUCCGCUCGCUUCCUGUUUGCGGGUCUGCGGAAUGGUACAGUGAUGGUUUAUGGAAGAAAUAACAAUGAUGACCUCUGGGACCCUGAAUCUCCAAUAUGCGUUAGCCUGGGAGCGGAGCCAAUUCGGACUUUGCUGGUGCUGGAUGAAUCUGUGUGGGCAAGCUGUGGGAACUCUGUCACAGUCAUACAAAUAUCUACCCUUACGACUCAGAAAUUUGAAGUCCAUCCAGACCCAAUGAUCAGUGUUACACAUAUGGCCUGUGCUGGUGGGGGGGUGUGGAUGGCCUUCUCAGAGGGCUCCUCCAUUCGUCUCUUUCAUACAGAAACACUGGAGCUUCUGCAGGAAAUCAACAUUUCAACACGUUCAAUGCUGCAGAACACUGGUCAAAAGAACAUGCGGGUGACAAGUCUUCUAAUUUGCCAAGGGUUGUUAUGGGUGGGAACAGCCCAAGGUUUAAUCAUCACUCUUCCAGUUCCUAAACUGGAGGGCAUCCCCAAAAUAACAGGAAAGGGAAUGAUCUCUCUAAAUGCUCAUUGUGGACCUGUGGACUUUCUUGUGGCAACCACCAGCACUUUGUCUCCUGAUCUGCUCAAGAGGGAUUCUGUUGGGGACGGACCAGACUCUGCCUGUGGAGGUGAAGACCGAAGUGACUCCUCCUCACAGGAAUCCUUGCAACCUUCCAGUUGCUACAAAGCAGAAGAGAAAGGAAAAGGACGGGGCGUUCUGCUGCAGUACAGGCUGCGCUCCACAUCAGGACUACCGGGACGGCCACUGACAGCUCACGGGGACGAGGCCUCCGACUCGUCCCUGGAGUCUUUGGAGCACAGCGUGGAGGACGGAUCUAUCUACGAACUCAGCGAUGACCCGGAAAUGUGGGUUCGAGGACGUCCAUGUGAGAAGGACGCGGUGCGUAGGGACAGGGUGAUAUCUGCUGCAGUCAUAUCAGGAGGAAAAGGUUUUCGUAGACUGAAGGAAGGAAUAGGGGUAGGUUCUAGGACAAGUGGAGACUCUUUAGAAAACACUCUUAUGGUAUGGCAACUCCCACUGACCGUGUGAUAUGGAGAAAAAGACAACAGGAUUUGUUUUUGUCAACAUCUGCUCAACUUUGCCUCGAAUCACCUGCUACACAAAUUUAGCAGAUUUGAAUGUAUGAGGAAACGCUGCCUCUGUCACAGAGCUUGACAUUCUGUCAUCACCCUGUGGAAAAAGGAAGCCAAGACAUGCUGUUUGUGACAGACACUAUCGGUCUAAAAGGAUGCUUUAAAUGUUCAGGACUCUGUAUCGUCAUCUUACCAGCGGUGGCAGAGGUCACCACAGAUCAGUUCCAUGCUGUCAUACUGAUCUGGUUUCUCCUCCUGCUUUAGUUAAGACUGAUAUGCCUCACUUUAACCUCAUCAAAGCCGCAUGUGCUCUGCCACAUUUAUUUUCUGCAGAGGACUUCAAAUAAGAGUGUCCAUGGACAGCAUGCCUUUGAGGAGAAGCCACCAUGCUCUGCACAGUUAGAAAUGGAUGGGUUAUAUACGUGAUCCUGUAGGAGAGAUCCCAUCGGUCUUAGAGCUGGAAGCUGAAGGCAAACAUUGCAUCACAAAGCACAUCAGCAUCACUUUAUUAGUCUUGCCUGCAUAUAUUGUUUUUUCAUCCCGUACAAUGUGAACAAAUAACACCUCCAAAUAUGUAUGAAAAAAUAAUCUGUGCAUUUCUUUAAAAAAACUGAAAUCUUUAUUGUUGCAGUAUUUAGAAAUAAGUGUUUUGCUCUGAACAGCUGGUGAAUCCUUUUGUUUUGGUCUGACAUGUCAGUACAAACUUCACACCAAUUGAUUUUGGAGCUAAGUUACUAUGUGAUAGAGUUCUCUGAUAAACCUUUCUGUUGUAGAAUUUAGAAAUUCAUUACCAAGUUUUGCUAAUUAUCAUCCUUUAGUAUUAGCAGCCUUUUUUUUCUGCUUCUUUGUUCACUGUCCAGAAAAUCAGUACAAAUGUGCACACAAACCAGUUAAUACCCCCAAACAGAGGUUGCAUA